AUGGCUGAUUCCACCCAGGUUACGGGCUCACCUGUGAAGAAGGAAGUUGCAGAAGUCCCCGAGGUUGGCGCCGCUGCUCCGAGCUCGGACAAGAUCUCUCUGACUGAUGGCAAGCCAACUGUCAUUGUAUUCCUCCGCCACUGCGGCUGCCCUUCAAAACCAACACUCGCAGUCGCCGAAAAAGUCUUCAAGAAGCUGUCCACACUGUCCGACAGGCAACCUGGUCUUCACUGUAUUGCCGUGUCGCACUCAUCUUCUGAGACUACAGAGAAAUGGAUCCCGCAAGUUGGCGGCGCGUGGUCGACCGAUGUAGUCAUUGACGAGGGGCGGGACUUGUACGCGCAAUGGGGUCUCGGACUGAGCGACGUGUGGCACAUGUCCGGUCCCUCAGUGCUUUAUUCCGUGUACCGCCUGGGCACUGACGAGGGCGUCUGGAACCGGCCAACAGAGAGUGGCACUCGCUGGAAGAUUGGCGGCGCGUUUGCUGUCGACGAGGGCGGCGUGGUGCGCUACGCCCACGCUUCUAAAGCAGCCGAUGACCUGCCGGACAUCAAUUCCGCCGCGCAGGCAGUGGGAUUGUGA